AUUUCACUUAUUAGACUUCCUGAAAACCCUCCAAUGAAUUCUCUAUCCUGCGGAGCUUCAAUCACUGAUUUUCCUCUAAUUCUUGUCAAAGGAACAACAAAACUGCCCCUGCCACUCGUUCCACCCAAUUUCCAACUGAAAAAGAUUACAAAUUUCUCAAUGGUUGAUCAUAGCAACUCCCCAUUAACUCAAUGGCUUCUGGAGCUCACUGGACCCAUCUAGAGCGGCCAUGAUCAACUUAACCACGUUGAUGGUAUUACAGUGGGGUGCUGCUAUUUCUGAAAGGGAUGUUAUUUCUGGGAGAGGCCAUAAGUGUAAACAAGACUGGUUGAACCAUGGUGGGGAUCUUCAUAACAUCAGAUUUGCUGAAGGGGAAACCAAAAUCAGCCCAGAAACAGUUCGCAAUUUGCAGUUGAAGUGGGAGUUUUAUGCAGGGAGAGAUAUAACUGCAACACCAGCAAUCUUUGAUGGACCCCUCUAUUUCCCUAGCUGGAAUGGAUAUGUCUAUGCUGUUAAUGCUUUGGAUGGAUCUCUUAUUUGGAACCUGGACUUGAAAGAGCUUGGUAUUAAUGCUACUGGAUUUGUUUCCAAUGUUAACACAAUGGUUGCAAGAGCAACCCCAACAAUAGCAGAUGAUUUGGUUAUCCUUGGAAUCUAUGGACCUGCUCUUGUUAUUGCUGUUGAAAGAUCAAGUGGAAAGCUUGUCUGGUCAACCAAGCUUGAUAGCCAUGCUGCAGCUGUUAUCAUGAUGUCUGGGACUUACCACAAGGGGGACAAGCUAAGGCAUUGGGAGUUGCUGGAAAGAUUCAAAACAACCAAAUUAUGUAGCUUCCCAAUUUCUGGUGGAAUGGAUCCACUAAGUUGGUUGCUUCCAAGAGACAGUGUAGUUAGUUUGGUUAGAUGACGCAAACCAGAAGGGAUGCUUCUGUUAAGCCCUUGGUUAUUAAGAUCAAGCCGAAGAAGAUUGGGGAAGGCAGAAAAGUUCAACUUUGUAAAUCUUUCUCCCAAAUUUAAAUAAUUUUGAGGGUUAAUCUCGAUGACGCUUCUAUCAUGGUUGCAUGUUACACCAGGCCAGCUACAGUGAUCAUCAAUGUCAACAUAGUCAUUCCACCACCCACAAUCCAACAAUGCCUGAGCUUCUGAUUCUUGCGACUCUGCUAUUGCUACCAUUAUCAAGGCUGCAGUAAGAAUAGUAACCCAUAUGACUGUUGCCACAAUGGAAGCAAUUAGAACAGAGGAUGAGGAUGUCAUGUUCAAGCUUGUUUUGUAUAAUAUGUUACCUCUCGUAUUUGCCUGCCUUCUAAAUUUAAAAACAAGCUAUAGCUAGGUAUUCAUUUCCUCCAAGGGGAUCGACACCUCUAUUCGACUAG